GCAUAAACAACUUCGCCGUAAAAAGUCGAUAAAAUUGUCGGUAACAACACUGACGCGCCAAAGCAAGUAGAUAAUUUUGAAACUGUCCCAUGCGAUUCCCGAGCGGCGCCGCGAGCAAUCGUGAACUGGGCGUGGCAUUAUCAGCGUGAUAGUAGCAUUUGCAAGAGUUGAGAGGACAGGGUGCUGGCAACGUUUGGAAGUUUCCGUAGAACCGUCGGCACAACGUUUGCCGGUCGACGUAUGCGCUGUUCGCCAUGGCUUCUCAAGACCAGCGAUACACACUGUGCGGUUUUACCAUGGAACUGGACUGGAGACCUUUGCAUUUCGCCGAGCGUAUUCCUGCGCACAGAAUAUGUAGCGCAUGUGGUGUGCUGCCCAGAGAGACCGUUUUUCUGCCCUGUCGAGACGUGCUGUGCAGAAGCUGCUACGAGCAGUGCCAAGUCGACGAUGGAUACGCCUGUCCACUGGACGGUGACCAGUUUCUUCCAGAAGAGGCAGAGUGGAGAGACUUUCCUAUGGAGAACCUGCUCAGGCGGAAGGUAAAAUGCUGGAAUGAAGAACGUGGCUGCGACAUCCUUUUAGCGGCGUCAGAGCUUACCAAACAUUUUUGCAAUGACUGUGACCACCACUCUAUGUUGUGCCCUAAAUGUUCAAAGGUCGUGCUCCGUAGUAAUGUGGCCGGGCAUUUACAGAGCAAAUGCGAAGACUAUGCAAUGCCUCAGACGUCCCGGGCUCUAGAGAAGUCAGACAAUGACCAAAAAGCAAUGAUGGCGGCUCUCAAUACAAGCUUAAACAUGCGAGUAGUUGAAAUGAGAGACAGGCUAGACGCACUUAUUAGUGAUCAUACUGCUCAAUGUGAUCGCCUAAAUGAGAUUUCCCGUUGCAUGAACACGGUCAAAGAAGCACUGCUACAAAGGUCAAGCGAAAGUAGUACACUGGAUCGCAUUGCCAUACAAUCUACAGUCACUAUAACGUCAGUCAGAGAAGUCGAGGAAACACUGUUGGACCACAGCGAAGAGACGCGUUUUCUUACAGGAACCAUAACUGAUUCAAUAAAAGAGCUGCAUGAUUGUUCAGAACACACGUGGCGAACUGUCAACCACCUGGACGAAAGCAAUACGGAAAGCAGGUCUCAAGCGGAUGACUUGAUAACAUGGUUGACUGGGAAUAGCGUUUUAAUCAAGAGAACUUGUGAAAGUGUUCAUGUGCUGAAGGAAACCUUUGGGCAAGUGUUGGACGAUGCAGCAAGUACAAUCUGCAGAAAGUGCGCAAGAAGGGUUGCUGGCAUUGGUGAAGUGAAGGACACUGAGACGGAAGUAGGGCCGAGCGCAUUGAAUAAAAAAAGAGAAAUGGCCUUCAACACGAUCAACAUUAGGCGAUAUGAGUUUAUUGCUAGGAAAUUCAAAGAAAUGAAAGAAAGCGCCUAUUUAGAAGGCAUUCAUUCUUACUGGAGUGAAAAGAUGUACAUCUCUGGCUAUCACCUGUCGCCAGGAGUGUGCUUUAGAAAAGACGGAGGUCAAGUGUUAGUGCAUGCUGCUUUUCAGGUGCACAAGGGUGUCGUCGACGAAUUUCUUCAAUGGCCUUUCAAUCAGAGCAUUCAGCUGACCAUCAAACAUCCAUUGGGAAACAACCCGUGCCAGAAGGUGGCUAAUGCUUCCGAUAAUCUUAUGCACGUUGGAAGACCGGAAGAAUCAUGUAACAAAGAGUGUUAUUCCGCACUCUGUUUUUUUCCCUCAGAUUAUCUGGAACAUCACGGGUACGUCACGAACGACGAACUUCAUAUAGGGUGGGAGCUUGUUUCGAAUGACGUCGCAAAGUAAAUGAGCCGAGAAUUUUAUGUAUUCUAUUAAACACGUAUGCCGUUAUACUUUUCGGGAACAAACGUCGAUCUCCCAGAUACCUUUGUUGAAAGCGAAAUAAAGCUUCUUGCUGAA